AUGUUGCUCAUAAUUUUGCUGCUCUUUUUCUUGGGUUACGGUAGUUCGGAUACGGUAACUCCGCAAGACGGCGAUGUGAUUAUUGCGAAUCUUGCGUUGCCUCCGCAUGGUUGUAAGAAUUUUGGAGCUUGCGGCGAGACAAACGGUGCACCAAGCUAUGAAAUCGUGAACUCGACGAACACUUCGCGAACUUUGGAGUACACUUGCGCUGACGCUGAUUGCGUAUGCGUGAAUGGCACAACAAAUAGUGCGACGGCGAAUUGCGACACUUUGGUGGACACGUGCAUUUCUGUACCCUGCGCAAAUGCGAAUGACACGUGUCAAAAUGUGGGAAUCGGAAGUUUUGAGUGCAGUUUUGCCGAGGAUUCGGCGUGUGCUGAGAGUCCUUGCAAAAAUGGAGCGACUUGCAGCAAUUUGGCGGAUGGUUAUAGUUGCGAAUGUGCUGAUGGAUAUUUGGGAACGAAUUGUGAAAGUGAGUUGGGGGGCCGAAAUCCACGUGGCACAAUUUUAGGAGUUUUAGAAAAGUUCACAAAAUUAGAACUAAAAAUUCUUGAAGCUCGGGAUUACUGUAGAAAAAUCCACGUGGCACAAUUUUUGCAGUUUCAAAAAAUAAAAAUAGUGAAGUUCACAAUUUUCAGAAUUCCUGGGUUACUGUAGUUUCAGAAAAAUCCACGUGGCACAAUUUUAGAAGUUUUAGAAUUUCGUGCAGUUUUGAAUAUCAGGAUUACUGUUGGAAAAUCCACAAUUUCUGCAAUUAAAAAAAUAGAAAUACUGAAGUUCACAAUUUUUAGAAUUCCUGGGUUACUGUAGCUUCCGAAAAAUCCACGUGGCACAAUUUUAGAAGUUUUUUUCCAUGAAAUUUGGAACUCCCGGAUUACUGUAGGUUGAAAGAAAUCCACGUGAAAUCAUUUUUUUUGGAAGUAUAAUAUUUAUGAAAAUCGGAAUUGUGAAUUUCAACUAAUUUUUCAAAUUCCCGGGUUACUGUAGCUUCAGAAAAAUCCACGUGGUACAAUUUUAGGAAUUUUAGAUUUUCGAAAGAAUUGGAAAAUAAGAAUCUAAAAUUCAAAAUUUCAAGCUUCCGGAGUACUGAAGCUCAAAAAUCCAACAUUUUUUUCCAGCCAAAGACGUCUGCUACAAAAUCUACUGUCAAAACUCUGGAACAUGUGUCCCAGUGCUCCAAAACUCCCAAUUCUACUGUAAUUGUACCUACGGCUUCCAGGGCAGAUAUUGUGAAAAAACAUCGGUUACAGUCAGGUAAAUCGGAAAUUUUCUGAGCGGCAAACAUCUGAAUUUUACAGUACUCCGAAAUACGAAAAUUGUUGGCACUAUCAAAGCUCGCUGGCAAAUUAUGAGCUGAAAUUCAGCGACAGUAAGAUGACGGUGGAGAAAUGUCAGAAUUAUGCAAGAAGUUUUUCACCUCAAAAAUAUUUGAAGUUGUGUGAGUUCCUCUAAAUUGCAAAAUUUCCACGUGGAAUCUGAAAUGUUUCAGUUCUGUGUGAAACUUGGUGUGCUGUCGCAACUUCAGACAUUCUGAAUUCCACUGCUUGGUCCACAGAUUCCGGGUGCAAAUCCAAGUGUCCCGGAAAUUCUUCGGAAAAAUGUGGGAAAUCCGAGAAUCGUGUGAUUAGUUAUAGCUUUCAGAAAGAUGGUGGGUCACUGUAAAUCCACGUGGAUUCAAGUUACUGUAGUGAAAAAUCCACGUGGAAUUUUUUGCAGUUGUUGAUCCAAAUGGAUGUGUUGCGUCAACUCAAUGCAACGCAAAUUCGGCGCAAGGAAUUUGCGUGGAUCAAAAUGGCACAUAUUCCUGCGCGUGUUCGCCCUAUUUUUCCGGCGCUGAAUGCGAUGUUGCGGUGGAAAAUGCGUGCGCUGCCACGGAAAAUCCUUGUCAGAACGGAGGAACUUGUAACUCGAUUGCUCAGACUAAUGGAUACACGUGUAGUUGUGUCGAAGGCUUUGUUGGAGAAAAGUGUCAAUGUGAGUUCUCUCCAGGCUCAGUUUAAAGCAGCUUUAGAAAAUUCCCAAUUGUUGUAAAAUCUUAGCUUAAUUAGACUUAGCUUAGCUUCACAGUUUUCUAGUUCAGAGAAAGAAUUCAGAAAAUUUCGAAAAGUAUUCACCGAAAUAUGAAAGCCCAUUGAAAAACUGAAAAAAACCCAAAUUCAAACCACGCGGGCUAGCGUCAACGCGGAGUCUCGUUGUUUUCUUUUUAUUUUUUUGCAAAUGUUUUUUUCUUGUGAAGUAUUCUGCAAUGGCCUUAUUAUACACGGGUGUUUCUCUAAACCCACUCAUUUUCAGACCCCGACCCUUGCUCCCCUUCUCCCUGCCUCUACGGUUCAACAUGCUCUCCCAACCCAUCAACCGGUUCCUACACUUGCGAUUGUCUCUCCCUAUACACCGGCCAAAAUUGUCAAUACCUCGACCGCUGCAACUACAGCAAUCCAUGUGUUCACGGUCACUGUUCCUGUGACUCAAGUUCUAUUGAUCCAAGUUAUACGUGCACUUGUGAAAACGGUUGGAACAACACAAAUUGCGAUACUGAAAUCAAUUAUUGCGAUUCGACGCCGUGUCAAUUCAACAGUACGUGUACUGCAUUCUUUGGCGGAUAUAAUUGUACAUGUUUGGCGGGUUUGGAGGGCAAUAAUUGCGAGAAGAUUAUUGAUCAGUGCAAGAAUCAUACUGUGAAUGGCGUGGGACCGUGUAAUACGAAGGAUAGUUUGGCGAAUUGUACGACUGGGAUUAACACUUUUAGUUGUUCGUGUAGUGAGAAAUGGACCAAUACGUAUUGUGAUUUGAGUGAGUUUAGGGGAGGAGGGAAAGCCUAGGAGAGCUUAUCGAGAAUAUCCCUUUUUCGUCUGGCGUCUCUUCUGCACGCACAACAUUUUUCCAGAUAUUUUAAUCGAGCAAGUCCUUGUUGCAAUCUACGGUUAUAUGAACACCGACAUGAUCUCCCUACUCAAUGAUCUAAUGUCAAACCCCUCUGAAAUCAAAGACAUGGUUCCAUUCAUCACCGGCCUGCUAAACACAACCGAAAGAGAAGAUCUCAGUUGGAAUGUGGAAGAUCUCUUCAAUUGGGUCGCUUUCGAAGAUCAACGACUCGAUUUAUCUCGAGAUAUCUAUAAAUGGAAUGAUGUUGUGUUGGGCAAUUGUUUCACUUUCAAUCAUUAUUUUAAUAAUGUCACAUAUUUGAUGAGAAAUUCUGGAACACACGGCGGAUUUGCUGCAAAUAUGCGAUGUCGUCAAGAUGAAUAUGCACCUUGGUAUGAUACGGCUGCGAUUAAUGUGUUUAUUCAUUCGAGAGAUGAAUAUGUGUUUUCGGAAUCGGUUAGAUAUAAUGCUCCGCCGAAUGCCAAGAGUAAUAUUAAUAUUUAUAAUGUGAGUUAAAGACAGCUAGUCAGUUGGAAAAGUGGGCGGAGUCUGUUCAUAUCCCUUUUUCGUCUCACGUCUCUUCUGCACCCACACGCUAAUUUAUACUCUCUCGUUAUCUCUCACGUGCGUGCAGAAGAGACACGAGACGAAAAAGGGAUAUUUAAUUCCCACAAAAAAGUUUUUGAACAACAAAAUAUUUUUUUUUCGCUGUGAUAUUUAUGUGUUUUUGGCCCAAGCCAUUUUGGGGUAAAUAUAACAUUUUGAAAUUUUCCAGACUUAUUACACCCGUCUCGGCGGCAAAUACGGAGCCUGUGUGAAAAAAGCCUCUGAAGUCAAAGCCUACUAUUAUCCACUAGCCUAUACCACUGAUGGUUGUCUUCGAACCUGCUACCAAGACAUGAUCUAUGCGGCUUGCAAUUGUAUGGAUCCACGUUAUCCGCAAGCUGACAACGUUACCACGUGUCAACUGGCGGAUCGAACUUGCGUCACUGACGCAUCGGAUUCCGCGGGUGAUCCAUCCACGUGGAAAUCGUGCUUGUGUCCUUUGCCUUGCUCAAAUCAACAAUACUCAGUGACCUGGAGUAAGGCGAAUUUUGUUGCAUCGCCGCAGUCUUGUGCCUCCGCAGCGAAUCAAACAGCAUGUUUGGAGACGUAUCGGGAUAGUUUGCUGGUUUCGAUUUUGCUACCACGACUGGAUUAUAAGAUUUAUGCGGAGGUUCCGAAAAUGGAUGUGGGUUUUGGGAAAGUGUCCUCUAAAUAAGGCCCUGUUUUUUUUUGCAGUUUAACAAAUUUCUAUCACAACUUGGCGGACAAUUGGGAGUUCUGAUGGGAAUCAAUCUGGUCUCAUUUUUCGAGAUACUUUUUUUGAUAUGUGGUUUGGUUAUGGUGUGUUGCAAAAAAUAUUGA